UCUUUUCCUGUAUCCGUUCAGAGGAAAAAAAGGAUUUUUGCACAUUGUUCUUCUUCAUACCUCAACGAACACCCCUUCCCACUCGCGCUUGCUAGAGCACUAUGAGAAUAUGAGAACCCCCACUGACAGUUACGUUUUCUAUUUGUUCGCUCUGCUUCGCCAACGUCCAUUUGAACGUCAAUCCAAACUUGAACGACUCCGCUCUUCACCUCGGACAGACAACACCAUGAGUGCCCUCAGAUUCGCCGAAGGCUACAUUAAACCAAAGGAGGUACGACAGUCAACAGGCAAUGCUAGGAAGCGAGCGAGUAUCAGGGCUCUGGGAUCCAUCACUUACCUUCAGAAGUACUAUGCUUCUGGCGGAACCGUCCGUGAAGGGCUAAUGCUUGAUGACUCCAAGAGAAGCUUCGUUGACUCGCUCUCACCUCGCUCAGGACUCAUGCCGCCCAGCAUCGAGGUCCUGUUGAGAGACUGUCAUGAAGAUAUACAGUUCGUUCUUGAAGUGUGGGGCAUCAUUAGCUACCCAUCGCCAUCCGCACAUGCUGUCGACGGUCAAGAACAAACGCUGGACUCGCCUCUGUCCGGAGACGAGAGCGACGAGCUGCAUCAGCUGGGACAUGGCAAGGAUCUCUCAUACACAUCUCUCAAUACCGGGCAGCAACAUAGAUAUGACGCUGUGACAAUUGACAUGCUGACCUUGCUUGAAGCGUCGACCAAGGCUAUCUCAUCCAUUAGGACGUACUCCAUCCAUGCACCGACUCUUUCAUUAGAGUCCCUAUCGGCUCAUCGGCAGGCAGCUCUCGCUGUGAUCGAGAUGCUAUCGGUCCUGGAAUAUAAAAGCCGCUUUGAAGAUGAUGAUAGUGAAUCUGGAUACUUGAAUGAAUAUUCCUACACCCGCCCCAGUUUUGGCGACCUAGAAGAAGAACGCACAGAGAUGAAGAAGUACUUGGCUGUAGUGCAGGAGCAGCUGUUCAAGCCUCAGGCGGAGAAAAUCAGGACGCAGCUGGAACAACUGCUGAUUGCGGACCCUGCCUCUAACAGUGCUGAGGGAGCUGCUUUGCCAAAGUGGAUUCUUGAUGAGGAAUGGACUCCUAUGGGAGACAACGAGGCAUCCCUUGAUCGCUGCCAUUCAUUCCUAGAGUUCUUUGGGCCUGACACGAGAGAUCCUCUCCCAUCUCCAUCCUCAGACCUGGAUGGAUUCCUGAAUGCCCUGAGUGAUGGAUAUGUGAUGUGCAUGGUGUUCAAUGCAUUUGUUCGCCUCACAAAUAUGCCUUUUGGCUUGGUGGACAAAAUCCAUGAAGACACCACCCGGACUUGGAGAGCCGUCGAUAACUGGCGCUUCUUGAUGCAGGCAUGUAAGUUCCGCCUCGAAUUCAAGGUUUCUGAUAACUCCUUCAAGCCCAUUGAGAUCGUCAAGUGCACCAAGCGCGGUCGCGAACAGAUACAAUCGUGGGUGAGGAUGGUCGUUCAUCGAGGCAUCCAAGAGGCCAAGGGCACGUUGGCAAACAAAAAGCCAGUAUCCCCUAUUGAAACAUCAACCAUCUUUCCAGACUUUUAAUGGACGCUUUUUUAUUUUUUUUAUUUAUUGAACGCGCUUUUGUAACAUUAAUCACCGCCCUUGCAUGAAGCCUAUUCUUGCAGCGCUUAGAACGAUAGAGUAAUAAAUGUUUACGAUAAU